UACAGCUAUACAAAUAGCAUCAAAAUCAUUAUUGGAAUCUAUAGGAGAAAUUUAUGAAAGUCAAUGGUCUGGACACGAUUUACUAUUUAUGCAAACACAAUCUGUAGAUAUGCUAUGGCAAGACUUCAACCACAAAUUGGCCGAUCAAGUUUUGAUACCACUCAAUACGUACCAAGGGCAAUUUUCAGAAAUGAGGAAAAAAAUAGAUAAAAGAGGCCGCAAAUUAGUUGACUAUGAUAGCCAAAGGCAUAACUUUCAGGCUUUGCAAUUAGGCAUGACUAAAAAGAGAGACGAUGUGAAAUUAAAUAAAGGCCGCGAACAGUUGGAGGAAGCGAAAAGGACUUACGAUAUGCUAAAUUCGGAAUUGCAUGAUGAAUUACCAGCUUUAUACGAUUCAAGAAUACUUUUCCUUGUAACAAACUUACAGUCCUUAUUUAGUGCCGAGCAGGUGUUUCAUACUGAGAAUGCAAAGUGACAAAGAAGUGAUUAAAAGUAAGAUAGUAUGGUGGAACGUCAAAUGUGUGCUUAUUCAAGCCUUCGAUAUGCAAAUUGAGCGCUACAGCUUUUGGGUGAACAACAAAUCGUGAGUGCAACUAAUUACAGCAACUUGCAUGUCUACAUUCGCACUUGCUUUGUGUAGUUAUAUACUGGCAUUCAUAAAGAUCAGUAUCGAUGGUAAUGAUAUGGUGUCAAAUAGUAAUCGCCCAAUUCAAAAAUACCUGCAUGUGUAAAUAUAGUUCACCUUCAUAUAUGACAAAUUGAGAGCUGUGAACGUUUUAUUAUCAUUGAACGAAAAUGUUGAGCAAAAGUUAAUUAGUAUCAACUUCCAAAUUGAACGUUACUUUUGUAAUAUAAGUAUUUUAAAAGCGACGUUAAUAGUUAUUUUAUAUAUAUCGUAGAAACGGAUGAUGUAUCCCAUUUUACAGGUAAAGCAGUCGCACUAUUUGACGCAUCGAUAACUCUUUUUCUCAAUGUUUUCAUUUUAAAUGCUUUCAUGGCACUGGAACGCGUUCAUAUAUUUUGACAUAAGGCAUCAUUAAGAAAUGAUUACUAAUUUCCAAAGCAAAAUUUGUAUUAAGAUUAUGUUGAUGCAACAUCGCCCUAAAAUGAAUGGUAAGGUAAUUCAUAUCUACUUCUGUCACCAUCUGCUUUCAGUCUCUAAAGCUCUGGGCAUGUGAUAGUAUGCAUUGAUUUAUAGUCAACAACAUACCAUCUCUAUGUUUCUGUCCACCGGAUACGUGGUGUAGUUUCAGUUGUAAAGCAUCUUCAUUUUCAAAUUUGUUAAAAUACUGCCAGUGGCUCAGUUAAGUGCAAUUUAUAAACUUUUCCGUUCCCGUUGGUGGUUCCCGUUCCCGUUGAAGUUGCCACAUAAACAAUAGACUUUUUCAUAUACGUAUUUAUAAACUUAAUUUGUCGUUGCCGUUCG